ACCCCCGUGUGUGUAUGUGUGUGUCAAUAAGACAACCGUCGACAGAAUGUGCGCUCAGUGAGGUCGCUUCUACAAAAACACCCGAUCACCAAAAAAGGAUAAAUAAGCAGCAAGGGGAAGGAAAAUGUCGGCGAUCGAUUUUUCCACCCGGUGGUAGUGCCAAAACAUUAGCGCGCGCGUGUGUGUGUCUCUCUCUGUGCCGAGAGCGUCGAAGCCUGCUCGAAGCAAUUUCGAUCGUUCUGGGCAAAACGAAAACACCACCAACCAGAGGAGCAGUGUGAGCAGUGUGAGAAUGCGAUUAGUAUUGCGAUUUUGCUCACAACAACAAUUCAGGGAGCGUGAAAAUUCUAAUUAAUUGCGCGAUAUGGUAGCAGGGAAGCUGUGAGCAUUUCUUUCCGUAAACAACGGGUUUCGACACUGGCCGGGGUGUCCACCUUUAGGGUUCGGGUCGGAGCCAAACAAAACCCCAUUGUUGAUACGCAGGCUCGCGGCCGUACGGAAACCGAUUCUUGCCAAAAAAGGACUCGCCACUGACAACGGCGUGCAUUGCGGAGUGUUUUCGCUUUAGAGUGUGAGCGUGUGUGUGUGUGUGGAAGGAGAGGGGUGGCGGUGUGGUGUGGUAAGAUGGAAGUCGACUCGCCCAAUGCCCUUAAACGUUGCUCCAGUGCACCACAGAUAAACAAUCUGCUCUCUAGCACCGCCGCCAUCGUCGGGGUGCAGCCGAUGGAAGAAGGACAAUCGCAACCCGUACCAAGCACUAGCGGAAACAACAACAGCAACAACAACGACAGCAAUAACAGCACCAUCAUCAGCACCAUUGGCCGGAUCAACAGCACCGGUCACAGCGGCCCAGCGCAACAGCAGCACCUGCAGCAGGUAGGACUGCUGGCGGAAGGACACAUGAUGGAACCACUGCACGCAGGUAGCGGUGGCAGCAGUGGCACAGUCACUGGUGGCAGCCUGCUGAACGCAGCCAGCUUUCACGCGGGACCGUCGGGAUCCAGGGAAUCGCUUCCGACGUCGUUUUCGAACAUCUUCACGCCCCGGGUGCGACGGUUCUCCGCCAGCUUCAGCCCGCUGGCCGUCAUUUCGAACGGCAGCGCUAGCCCGGGCCGUGGCGGAAGUGGGGGCGGCGCCGGUACGCCCGGCCCUCGCCUAACGCCCCGGAUAUCGCAGCUGCGGCAGGAGGAGUGUGCCGACGUCAGCAACAGCCGGGAGGUGAACCAUGAGCGGGAGAUACACAACGCGAUGCAGAUGUCGCAAAGCUGCGAAGACCUGACGCUGGUGGCGGAGAAUUGGUCCUUUUCGUCGGGCACCGCGCCCGGCAAGAUGGUGAUCGAUGAUCUGCAGAAUCCGCUGCACGUGGCACUGCCCACGAUCGGGUCGACGUGCUGCUCCAGCCCAUCGCCGACGAGCCGUGGCGGGAUUGGGCUGCAGUAUCCGACGACGUCACCGUCGCCGACGCGCAAGUUCGUCACCCGGCGGUCCAUGUCACCGUGCCCGCUGCGGCCCAGCCCGCUCAGCUCGUCGGUGAAGCGGAAGUUCGAUUUGGAGGACAACUAUGGCAACUGUUACUCACCGCCGUCGAAGAAAAUUUUCCCCUCGGAAAGAGGCUCGUCGCCUGUCUGUCAAACGCCAUCAUCGCCCUCACCGAUCUGCCCCAGCCCGGACUCGUCGACGACCUCGUUCGAGAGCGGUAGCAAUAACAACAACAACAACGGUGGCGGCAUCAACAUUCCACUGUGCGGUCCCUUUUCCCUCGCAGCCGCUAGCGGCAGUGCGGCGACCGGCUCGAGCGCGAGUGGCCGAAUAACGCCAAAGUUUUUCCUUGCACGGCUGUCCGGCAGUGUGCCGAGCCCGGGCGGUGGCGUUGGCUCAACCGUACCGUUCGGCGGUGGCAUGAGUUUCGGGGGAAGCAGCGGCUCGAACAGUGGAUGUUCUACCCCGACCGGCAUCACCAAUCCGAUCGGGGGGACGCUUGGGGGUGGAGGCACUGGUGGCAAUGUAAUGAUGGACUGUGGCGUGAGUAGCAGCACCGGUGGCGCGGCCAUUGCCGGCACGAUGGAAGUCGUCAGUAGCCAUGAAGACAGAUGCAGGAUGGGGGAAGAGGAGGAGGAGGAAGAGGAACGGCGCUCGAAGGACGCGAAUACCGAUAGCAUUAAGAUGGUCUGUGAUGAAACGAACGAAACGGGUGGCAGUGAUCACCAACACCACCACCACCACCAGCAGCAGCUGCAGCGUCCGCGCCGGCUGAUUGGCAUUGGUGGGGCGACCGGGGGACCGAUCAGCAGUGCCGCUUCGCCCCGGGAGUUGAGGGAGCAGCUGCUGAAGUCGGCCCUCGAUCCGGAUGCGGCCGGAAGCUGCAACAGCAACAGUAGCAGCAGCAGCAGCACUAGCAGUAGUAGUAAUAGCAGCAGCAGCUCCACCACCACUAGCGAUAGUAACAACAGUGCCAACGCAAUUAACAGUAGCCGCACUACGGGCAGUCACGCAGCAGGCCCCAGUGGCAAUGCUCUGGACAGUAGUAGUAGCAGCAGCAGCAGCAGCUCCAGCAGCAGUGGCACCAACACCAGCAGCAUUGAUAAUGCCGGUGCAGCCGCGGUCGCGAACGCUGGUGGUACGGCGACCGGUGCCCUUUGUCCACCGCUGACGUCCUUUCCCAUGAUGGCCAUACCGAGCAAUCUGGCGGAGAUUGCAGAAUCGUGAAGAUAUUGCCCGUACAAAGAUCACACAAACACGUACACACACACAUAAGCACACAUAUUACUGAUUAAUAAUGAUCUUUGCGGUUACUAGCGAUAAGGGAAACGGGGAAGGUGAGCCGCUGCGGGGACAAUAAUCAAUAAUCGUUUGCACGAAUGAACAGAGAUAAAGAGAAGGAGAGAGAGAGGGUAAAUAAGAAGCAAUUUCCAGUAGAAAUUGCACUAAUGUAGAGCCAAGGUUAUCUUACAAUCCGUAGCUCGAACAGCGGUAGAAUUUGCUCUUACAAAAGGCUGCAUUCACGUUACAACCACUACAAGGGGGGUAAACGAGGGUAAACGAUCCUACACCGGGGAGCGGACAUAUUGAAAAAAGCACCCCAUACUUUACCCCGCCACUAAUUACCAGUUACGUUGCUGUUAGCUUUAACUAUUCGGUUCUAUAGGUUGUCCUUCCAGUUGGCACCUAAACUUAAACAGACACACACACACAGGGUUUAAACGAUGACGCUUUCGCGCUUGCUUGCUCCCUUACGUUCGCGAGUUCAUUCGUAUUGCACUUUUCUUUUUGGGGGUGACAGGGGAGCGUGACAGUUGUUGAGUUAAAUGCAAGUUCCUCUUAAGCAGUUUAGUUGGUAGUGGUAGUGUAGCGCAGUAGGCUUGGCAGUAGGGGUUGAUUCGCGGAGUGCGUACGAAGUUAGUAAGGACGAACCUACGAAGGGUUCGGGGAAGCAAAAUGGCGAACGUUUGCCUUUGAAGUUACUGGAAAUAGCUCCGGUACCGGAAGUAGUAGUACGCAAAGGUACGUAAUUUAGUGUUGUUUUGUGCUUUUCAAUGCAAAAGCAGUUUGGUAAGCGGCGUUUGGAACGUUCCAAUUUCCAUUUCCAUUUGUACGGAAUGUCACGAGUGAGCGAAUUGGCAUUUAAAAAGGUGGAAAUCCGCGCAAAGCAUCGAUUGAAAACAUAUCCUGAUUAGUUUGUCUACAACACUGUCGAGCAGAGAGUGAGAGACUCGUUGGGGGGAGGUGAUAAUACGCGAUUUGUAGUAUGUUCGGGGAACCAUAUUGGGGUAGGAUACUGCUGCUGUGGCACAGAUACGUUUGCCUCGUCGCUGUAAUAGAACGUAGUAGGCUUGUAAUUAAUUAAGGCUUCUUUGUAGCUGUGCUUUAGCAGUCAGCCAGCACCAACCAACAUGCCUGUCCUGGGUCGAUCCGGCGGGGGGGGGGGGGGGAUAUUAGUUGCAGGACUGGGAGGAGCAGCUUAACAAAAAGGAUAUGUAGAAGGGAUAGGACAUUUACGUCAGCGAAAACAAAAAAAAAAUCCACACACUGAACAGGAAACGAAUACUAUUGCAUUAAGGAAGUAAAUAUUAAUGAUAAUGAAUAAAUUCGAUUACCUUAGCUUUCUCUGGUAGUGUAUUGUA